GAGCAGAGGGAGGAUCCCCUCUGGGCUCUGCCUGCUCCUCUCUGCACUCUUUGGGCUGUUUGAUCAGCCAGGAGGAUCUCCUCUGGGCUCUGCCUGCUCCUCUCUGCACUCUUUGGGCUGUUUGAUCAGCCAGGGAGGAUCUCCUCUGGGCUCUGCCUGCUCCUCUCUGCUUUCUCUUUCUCUUUGGGGUGUUCGAUCAGCCAGGGGAGGAUCUCCUCUGAGCUCUGCCUGCUCCCCUCUGCUUUCUCUCUCUCUUUGGGCUGUUCGAUCAGUCAGGGGAGGAUCUCCUCUGAGCUCUGCCUGCUCCUUCUUCACCCACAAGCUUUAUACCGCUGCGGGCAAGCCCUGCCUGCUGCGGUGAUGUCACAGCCAGGGCGGCCCUCCCCCAGCCCUGUAGCUUUGGACAUUUUUGAGGCUUUUAUUUACUUUUUAACUUUUUUUUCCCCCCCUCCCUCCCUCCUCCUUGCCUAAUCCUGGCAAAAUCUCUGAGCUAAGUUUUUUUUUUUCCUUUUAAUUUUUUUCCUCCUUUUUUUUUCCUUCUCCCUUUGGGUUUUUUUUUUUUUUCCUUCUCUCUUUGUUUUUUUUUUUUUUUCUCUCUUUUUUUUUUCUUUUCCUUUCCCCCUUUUUUUUUUUUUGGUGUUUUCCCUUUUUGAGCAGCCCCUCUACAUGCUGCCUCCCGAGCUGCUCUCUUAUUACUGCUCACUUCCUGAAAGGAGACUUUUGAAGCGAAGCCCUUUAGCUCCAGCGCUGCCUUGGGUCUGACAGAAGAAAGCUUAUUGAGGCAGGCGACAUAAAACCCUCAGCCUGGAAACUUUCUGACACGCACAGGACUUGAGAAGGAAGAGAGAGAAGAUUUAUUGUUAUUUUUUUGGCUGCUGUUGGGGGAAAAGGGAGGGAAAAAAAAAAAAAGCGACAAAAAGGAAACAUCAACUAAGAAAGAAAAAAGCUGAAGGAAUUAAAGGAGGAGGGGAAAAGAAGAAGAAAGAAGAGGAAAAACACUCAGAAAGGGGCGAUGCCACCGAGAUCCUGCGCUUCCAACUAGCCCAGGCUGAGCCCAGGCUGAGCUCACUGUGCUGGCCCAGACACAGCACCCAGCACCCACACCACCAGCCUGGGCACAGCAGCCAGCACCCACCCCACUGGCCUGGGCCUGGGCACAAGACCCAGCAGCCACACAUCAGCCUCGCUGCUUUGGGGACGCCACGGAGCAGCUGAGGAUGCCUGCGGAGGGCCUGAGGACUCCUGUCCCCACAUAGGCGUUGGCCAAGGGAGAGACAUGUUGGGACAGUGCCCUUCCAGCUGGCACAAGACUCCCUGCACUGAGACAAGCAGCACCAACCAUGGCAAUAGCUUGGAGGCUCCUCAUGUGGACUGUCACCUUCACUGCGGCUCUGUGCGGCUUUCCCGGCUACACCUUCCAGUCACAAGAGGAGUUCCUCUCCAGCCUGGAUCACUAUGAAAUUGCCUUCCCCAUCCAAGUGGACCAGAAUGGAGACUUCCUCACCUUCGACGUGAGGAGGCAGCUGAAGCCGCGCCCGCGCCGCAGCCUGGGCCCCUUGCCCUACCAGCCCUCGGAGCAGCAGCUCUUCUACAAAGUCUCUGCCCACCAAACCCACUUCCUCCUCAACCUCACCCUGCACUCCAACCUGCUGGCUGAGCACUUCACCGUGGAGUACUGGAGGAGAGAUGGCAUGGACUGGCAGCACCACUUCCACGAGGACUGCCACUACGCAGGGCACCUGCAGGACCAGGACCUCAGCUCCAAGGUGGCCAUCAGCAACUGCAAUGGACUGCAUGGGGUGAUCGUGGCAGAUGAGGAGGAAUACUUCAUCGAGCCGCUGAGCCCGGGGGCCAACGUCAGUGCAGGCAGCGAGGGCAAGGGCAGCCCCCACGUCGUCUACAAGAGGUCAUCUCUGCAGUACCCACACAUGGAUGCAGCCUGUGGCGUGCUAGACGAGAAGCCAUGGAAGGGCAGACACUGGUGGCUGAGGUCACUGAAGCCCUCUCCUCUGAAGCCAGCAGGCAACCACAGCCAGCGUGGGCAGCUGCCCCUCAAGAGGUCGGUGAGCACAGAGCGCUACGUGGAGACGCUGGUGGUGGCUGACAAGAUGAUGGUUGGGUACCACGGGAGGAGGGACAUCGAGCAGUACAUCCUGGCCAUCAUGAAUAUUGUUGCCAAACUUUUCCAGGACUCGAGUCUGGGCAAUAUUGUCAAUAUCCUGGUGACCAGGCUGAUCCUCCUCACUGAAGACCAGCCCACACUGGAGAUCAAUCACCACGCUGGGAAAUCCCUGGACAGCUUCUGCAAGUGGCAGAAGUCCAUCGUGAACAGGAACGGCAACGGCAACGCCAUCCCCGAGAGCGGCAUCGCCAACCACGACACCGCCGUGCUCAUCACCAGAUAUGACAUCUGCAUCUACAAGAACAAACCCUGUGGCACUCUGGGCCUGGCCCCCGUGGGGGGGAUGUGUGAGCGGGAGCGGAGCUGCAGCAUCAACGAGGACAUUGGACUGGCCACAGCCUUCACCAUCGCCCACGAGAUCGGCCACACGUUUGGCAUGAACCACGAUGGGGUCGGCAACAGCUGCGGCUCCCGCGGGCAGGAGACAGCCAAGCUGAUGGCUGCCCACAUCACCAUGAAAACCAACCCCUUUGUCUGGUCCACCUGCAGCAGGGACUACAUCACCAGCUUCCUGGACUCUGGCAUGGGACUGUGCCUGAACAAUGCUCCUCCCAAGCAGGACUUCAUCUACCCGACGGUGGCUCCGGGGCAGGCGUACGACGCGGACGAGCAGUGCCGCUUCCAGUACGGCGUCAAAUCCCGCCAGUGUAAAUACGGGGAAGUCUGCAGUGAGUUGUGGUGCCUGAGUAAGAGCAAUCGCUGCAUAACCAACAGCAUCCCUGCUGCCGAGGGCACCAUCUGCCAAACCAACACCAUUGACAAGGGGUGGUGCUACAAGAGGGAGUGUGUGCCCUUUGGCACCCGCCCCGAGGGCGUGGAUGGUGCCUGGGGGACGUGGUCCUCCUGGGGGGAGUGCAGCAGGACCUGUGGUGGAGGAGUCUCCUCGUCCGUUCGCCACUGCGACAGCCCACGGCCAACCAUCGGAGGGAGGUACUGCCUGGGCGAGCGGAAGCGCUACCGGUCCUGCAACACCGACGACUGCCCAGCAGGCUCCCAGGACUUCCGAGAGCUGCAGUGUGCCGAGUUCGACAACGUCCCCUUCCGAGGGAAGUACUACAGCUGGAAGACCUACAGGGGAGGGGGUGUCAAAGCCUGUUCCCUCAACUGCCUGGCAGAGGGUUUCAACUUCUACACGGAACGAGCAGCAGCUGUGGUGGAUGGCACACCCUGCAGGCAGGACUCCAACGACAUCUGCGUCAACGGGGAGUGCAAGCACGUGGGCUGUGACCGAGUCCUGGGCUCUGACUCGAAGGAGGACAAGUGCCGAGUGUGUGGUGGGGACGGCAGCUCCUGCGAGACCAUCGAGGGGGUCUUCAACCACUCACUGCCUGAGGGAGGUUACGAGGAGGUGAUCCAGAUUCCCAAGGGCUCUGUCCACAUCGACAUCAGGGAGCUGAACCUCUCCACCAACUACCUCGCACUGCGAGGGGAGGGAGGGGAGUUCUACAUCAACGGGAAGCUCUCCAUCGACCCCCCGCGCCGCUUCGACGUCGCAGGCACAACCUUCCACUACAGGAGGUCCCCAGAGGAGCCUGAGUCCCUGGAAGCCUUGGGACCCACCAACAUCACCCUCUUUGUCAUGGUCCUGGUGCGGACAGAGCUGCAGGGGAUCCGCUACAAGUUCAACGCCCCCGUGGGGAGGGACAGCUCCAACCUGUACUCCUGGCACUACAGCCCAUGGACCAAGUGCUCUGUGCUGUGUGCAGGGGGCAGCCAGGUCCAGCCUGUGGUGUGUAAGAAAGCCUCUGAUGGCUCAACUGUCCUCAGCCACUUCUGCAGCCCCGAAAGCAAACCGCAGGAGCGGCAGCGGCAGUGCAACACCGAGCCCUGCCCGCCGGCCUGGGUGAUUGGGAACUGGUCUGAAUGCAGCCGGAGCUGCAACGAGGGCGUCCGCACGCGCAGCGUCUUCUGCAAGCGCAAGAUCUCUGCCUCCGAGGAGAAGACCUUGGAUGAUGCUUCCUGCAGCCAGCCACGGCCAAAGAUGCUUGAGCCUUGCAACAACCAGACCUGUCCUCCAGAGUGGGUGGCUCUGGACUGGUCUGAGUGCACCCCCAGCUGUGGGCCAGGCUUCCGGCACCGCAUUGUGCUCUGCAAGAGUGGUGACCACACUGCCACCCUGCCCACCUCCCACUGCCACGAGGGCACCAAGCCCCCCACCAGCAUCAGGUGCAACCUGCGACGCUGCCCCCCGCCGCGCUGGGUGACCGGCGAGUGGGGAGAGUGCUCUGCGCAGUGUGGCCUCGGCCAGCAGAGGAGAUCCGUCCAGUGCCUGGCUCACACCGGGCAGCCCUCCAGCGACUGCGUGGAGGUCUUGCAGCCACCCAGCAUGCAGCAGUGUGAGACCAAGUGUGAAUCAGGACCCACAGACAACCCUGAAGAGUGCAAAGAUGUGAACAAAGUGGCCUACUGCCCGCUGGUGCUGAAGUUCAAGUUCUGCAGCCGGACCUACUUCCGACAGAUGUGCUGUAAAACCUGCCAGGGGCACUAGGGGCAGUGCCAGGGGCACAAGGGACAGUGCCAGGGGCACUCGGGGCAGUGCCAGGGGCACAAGGGACAGUGCCAGCUGCCGUGGGAAAAACUGGAAGGCAGAAGCUAUGCCAGAGGCUCACCCAGCCAUGCCCUCCCUCUCCACCUCGGGAAUCUUCCCCUGGCUCCAGCAGACACUGGUUGUGCUUCCAGUGGGAGCUGGGCUUGCCCAGCCCCAGCCCCCAGACACAAGCAGCAUUUGCCCCCCGAGCUUCCCAGGAGCCUGUGCCCACUCAAACCACUGCCAGCUGCUGCAAGAGACCACCACAGCCCAGCCCCACAGCUGCCAGUGGGUCAGUGCCAGCUGCUGCAGAGACCACCACAGCCCAGCCCCACAGCUGCCAGUGGGUCAGUGCCAGCUGCUGCAAGAGACCACCACAGCCCAGCCCCACAGCUGCCAGUGGGUCAGUGCCAGCUGCUGCAAGAGACCACCACAGCCCAGCCCCACAGCUGCCAGUGGGUCAGUGCCAGCUGCUGCAAGAGACCACCACAGCCCAGCCCCACAGCUGCCAGUGGAUCAGUGCCAGCUGCUGCAGAGACCACCACAGCCCAGCCCCACAGCUGCCAGUGGAUCAGUGCCAGCUGCUGCAAGAGACCACCACAGCCCAGCCCCACAGCUGCCAGUGGAUCAGUGCCAGCUGCUGCAAGAGACCACCACAGCCCAGCCCCACAGCUGCCAGUGGAUCAGUGCCAGCUGCUGCAGAGACCACCACAGCCCAGCCCCACAGCUGCCAGUGGAUCAGUGCCAGCUGCUGCAAGAGACCACCACAGCCCAGCCCCACAGCUGCCAGUGGAUCAGUGCCAGCUGCUGCAAGAGAUCACCACAGCCCAGCCCCACAGCUGCCAGUGGAAGAGUGGUGGAGAGGGAGCAGCUGGGCAGAGCAUGGCAGCAGGGACAGGACCUGGAAGCCUGAUGUUGUUAUUUAUUAGUAGAGGACCCAGGUCCUGCAGGCACUGAGAGCCACCACAGAGGCACCACUUGCCCCAUCCUGCCUCACCCUGCUCUGUGCCCACAGCCCAAGGGCUCCAGUGGGCAUCAUGGGGGCAUCCUCAGGGAGGACAAGCACCCUCAGGGGCUGCUGCCCUUCCCUUGGUGGGCAUCCCAGAGGAGACAGGGAGGAGGCUUCAGGUGCCACAGGUGCCCAGCAUGGCUGGGUGCUGGAUGAAGAGGAGCUGCUGUGGAGUGGGGGUGGGGCAG